AUGCAGGAGCCGCAGGGGAACAUUGGUGUUCCUAGGGACAUUAGCAGCCCUAUCACAUCUGAUGAAGAGUACCUCAGCCCACUGGAGGAAGGCAUGGACUUUGGAAGCCCAGAGCCCAGGAAGAUAGUGGACACUCGAUUCAAGGAGCCUCCUGCCUUCCAGGUGAGACUGUGUACCGCUGGUUCCCAAAAUGAUCUCUCGGGCGUCUCACCUGGCUUUCGUUGACUUUCCAUUAUAUUGUAGGCAAGGGAUCAGUUUGGGAUUUUGCAAUUAUAUUUUGUUCAAACAUUUUUUUAUUGGCAUUGCAAUACACUGGAAAUUGAUUGAAUCUAUAAAUUGCUUUUAACUAAAUCUGAAAGCACUUCGUAUGGUGAUUCACCUCAUCCAGCAUGCAUUUGAUGUUCCAUAUAGUGUAGUUUGCAUUUUUUAAGUUAUAGCAUGGACAUUUGUCUAUGUGUUCUCAACUCCAAUUUCAAAAUGGCUCAUCAUCCUUUUUAACAGGUAACUAUGAAUGAUCAAGCGGUCAUUGAGGGACAACAGGUCACCAUGUCUGUCCGAAUA